AUGACUGAUCAAACUGGCAGCCGGGAAACAGAACUUUCGCCGGGCCUCAUCGGACGGCGGGAAGUGCUGGUGUGCGAGCACAACGUCGCACCUCACGUCGCCAAGCUCAGCACGCCGUCCAUGAUCCGGGCCAUGGAGCAGGCGUCCCAGCGAGCGGUGCUCGGCUGCCUCCCGCCGGAGCAAUCCACGGUUGGGUUCGAGGUCAACAUCCGGCACGUGGCCGGCGCCGACAUCGGGGUCACGGUGGUAGCCGUCGCUGAGUUGGAACGUGUCGACGGCAGAUGGCUCUAUUUCAAGGUGGAAGCGCUGGACGGCGACCGCACCAUCGGGGUGGGUACUCACCGCAGGGCAAUCAUCACCCUGCCGCCCGAAGCGACCAACCGCGGCGGCGGGGACGACAGCCACACCCACGAGCUUUAG